AUGACUUCUUCCAUGGCCUUUCAAUUAGGAGCUUCUUCCUCUUCUUCAUCUUCUUCAUCUCCUUCCAUCAGUUCAUGGAAUCAUGAUGUAUUCUUGAGCUUUAGAGGUAAAGAUGUUCGCCACAAGUUUAUUUCUCAUCUAGAUCGUGCUUUACUUCAAAGUGGAAUCAAGACUUACAAAGAUAGCAUCGACCUUGAAAGAGGAGAGGAAAUUCUAUCAGAACUUUUCAAAGCUAUUGAAGAGUCACAGAUUUCGAUUAUUGUAUUCUCUAAAAACUAUGCUGAAUCCAGAUGGUGCUUAGACGAGCUAUUGAAAAUUCUUGAGUGGAAGAAAAUAAUGAAACAAAUUGUUCUACCAAUAUUCUAUAAAGUAAAACCAUCGGAAGUACGAAAACAAAAAGGAAGAUUUGGAGAAGCAUUCACUAAACUUGAAGAGAAAAUCAAGGAUGACAUAAAGUCGCCGCUGGAAUCCUGGAAGAAAGCUUUAGAAGAAGUAGCUAAUUUGUCUGGGUUGGAAUAUUUAGCCGGGGAUGAUGAGUCAGAAUUUAUCCAAAAAGUCAUUUUGUGGGUGAACCCAAAAAUAGUAAAUCGAACACCUUUAAGUGUUGCCAAGCAUCCAAUUGGAAUAGAAUCUCGUAUACGAGACAUUUAUCAGCAUUUAAGUAUCGAAAGGAAUGAUAUUAUACUCGUGGUAGGGAUAUUCGGAACUGGUGGAAUUGGGAAGACAACUAUUUCAAGCGAUAUUUAUAACAAGAUGUCUUCUCAAUUUGAAGGAAGUUGUUUCUUGAGAAAUAUUAGAGAAAUUUCAAAACAAGUGGGAGGCCUGAUUCACCUACAAAAUACACUUCUUUUCGAGAUCUUAAGAACAAAAUUGGAUAUUAAUGAUGUUGAUAGAGGAGUUGGUGUAAUUUGGCAUAGACUUCAAUCUAAAAGGAUUCUAUUAAUUCUUGAUGAUGUGGAUGACAUGGUCCAACUAGAAAAAUUAGCUGGAGAUCGUGCUUGGUUUGGUUCAGGAAGUAGAAUCAUCAUAACAACAAGAGAUCAACAUUUAUUAAAUAUCUUUAAAGUUGAUUCAAAAUACGAGGUGAUGACUUUGGAUGACAAUGAAGCUCUUGAGCUGUUUAGCUUGUAUGCUUUCGAGGAAAAAGAACCGUUGAGGGAUUAUGUGGACCUCUCUAAACAAGUGACAAAAUAUGCUCAAGGCCUUCCACUAGCUUUAAUAGUGCUAGGUUCGGAUCUAAAAUGCCAAAAUAUACAUCAAUGGAAAAGUGCAUUGGAUAAGUAUAAAAACAUUCCCCACCAAAACAUUCAGAGAGUACUUCAAAUAAGUUAUGAUAGUUUGGAAGAUAGCGAGAAAGACAUAUUCCUUGAUAUUGCAUUUUUCUUCAAAGGAGAACCUUUGGCUGAUGUCGUGGAAAUAUUUGAAAGUUGCCAUUUUUUUCCGGUUCAUGGUAUCCAGAAGCUUAUAGACAAGUGUCUUAUUACUGUUAAUGAUUGUGAUGAUAAAUAUGUUUGGAUGCAUGACUUGCUACAAGAUAUGGGUAAAGAAAUUGUUCGAGAAAAAUCAUCCAAAGAUCCUAGCAAACGCAGUAGAUUGUGGUUUCACGAGGAUGUUCGUCAAGUGUUGGAAGAAGAUUAUAUGGGGCCAAACCAAAUUGAAGGCAUAGUAGUAGAUUUACCUGAAGGCGAUGAGGAGAUAAGCUUGCAUCCGGAAGCAUUUCGACAUAUGAAAAAACUUAGAGUGUUUAUAAAUCGUAAUGCACGUUUUUCUUGUGCACCCAAUUAUCUCUAUGACAAGUUAAGAGUCCUUGAUUGGUAUAACUAUUCUUUAUCAUAUUUGCCACAAAAUUUUCAAGGGAAGAAUCUCAUUGUCUUUAGAAUGCGUCAUAGCCUCAUCAAGAAGUUUGGGGACGGAUUCAAGCCCAAGAAUUUGACGAUCAUGGCUUUCAAGUCUUGCAGUCACUUAAUAGAAAUUCCGGAUCUUUCAAGCACUUCUAAUUUGAAGGAAUUGACAAUCGAAUCUUGUCACAGACUAGUUAAGGUGCAUGAUUCCGUUGGAUCCCUAGAAAAGCUUUCUGAUCUGAGUUUUGGGAAAUGCUCUAAACUCCGAAUGCUUCCAAGAAGCCUUAAGUUGAGAUCUUUACGCAAGCUUAGUCUUCGUAACUGCUCAAGCCUUCGUGAUCUUCUUGAAAUCGAGUGUAAAAUUAAGUCUUUACGUAGAUUGGUUCUAUAUGGCUCUGCAGUAGAAGUACUACCUCUAUCCAUCGGGAACCUCGUUGGACUUGAGGAAUUAUAUCUAUCGUACUGCCAAAACCUUAUGUGUCUCCCAAUUGCUUCCAUCCAGUUGAAACAUUUAGGCAAGCAUGGUAUUGGUGGUUGUACAAAUAUUGUAAAGAAGAUGAGGGAGGAUGGACAAUCCUGUGAUCUUCCUAAUGAUUCUACAACAGUGGAAGAAGAGAUAUCAAAUUCAAGCAAUGGGAGCACUGCAUUACAACUAUCAAAUCUUCAAAUUAGUUGUUCCCAUUCAGAAUCAAAUUUCUUUCCACUAUACAGUUUCUUUACCAUGUUUAAUUCCUCGACCAGUUUGCGUUCGUUAUAUCUAGCGGGGCUUGAAAUUGUUAGCCUUCCCACCAGCAUCAAAGGAUUCGUUACACUAGCUCAUCUUAACUUGAGCCAUUGUAAGAAACUCGAAGAAAUACUACAGCUUCCACCAAAUAUAAGACGAGUAGAUGUUGAGGGAUGCAAGUCACUAGAAAGAUUUGGAGAAGUAUCAAAAAUAUUGGAAUUCAAUGGAAGCCACAUCCGAUCGCUAGGAAUAAUUGGAUUAACCGGCUGCGACAAAAUGCAUGUGAAUAUAUGGAGUGAUAAAGUGCAAAAUCCUUUAUUGUGGAAGGGACUCUAUGAUUAUGAUGCUACUUUGUUUCCUAAAACUCAUAUUCCAGACUGGUUCAGUUAUGUUCAUGAGUUUUUAAAAGAUAAUGAAAUGGUGAAGGGGCCUGAUGAUCAUAUCGGACCGAGGGAAAAAGAAGAGUGGGAGGGACUAACUCUUUUCCAUCUUCAAAAUACUAUGCAGGAGGCAACAUUUGUUCCACCAUAUGUUGCUCUUGCCAUAAGACGAAAUCCCGGAUUCUGGGAAUUUGUUAAGGUGAACUCCGAGGACUUGUCAGUAGACGCUAUUACUGCUUCGGAAUACUUGAGAUUCAAAGAAGUGGUCUUCGAUGAAAACUGGGCGAAUGAUGAAAAUGCCUUGGAGAUAGAUUUUGGAGUCAUUGACUUAUCCACUCCUCGCAUGACCCUUGCUUCAUCUAUCGGAAAUGGUGUCAGCUUCAUCUCAAAGUUCGUGACCUCAAGGCAACAUGGGAAUCCUGAGAGUUUAAGGAGUGGGGCUUUGAGAAAGGUGGGGGAACACUGCAGAAAGCCUUCAGGAGAUGUUAGGAUGCUUGCUGAGGUACUCCAAGCACCAGAACUCCUGAUCUAUAGUGAUCAUGGAAAUUUGGUGGCUGCUUUGAUGGCUAGCAAACUUGGAAUAACUCAGGUCUAA